AUGUCACCGAAUCGUAAAAACACAAAGUGCCCAAUAAAUGUUGAAACCGAUCGAAUGAUGACAUUUCUUGCGGAUUAUACGAAAAAUGUCGAAUUCCCGGUGCAAAUGAGUUUAUUGUGGAAAGAAUACAAAACGAGAUGUGAAACGCAUCGAAAGGUUGAUACGUUACGAAAAUUAUUCAGUCAAAAACUUGCUCCAAAUAUUUGGAAGACGGAGACGCUUGAUGAUCAGACAAAACUUGUAAUAUUGUUUGCCACGAGUACACCGAUGAAUCUUCAAUAUCUGAAAAUGUUAGUGAAACUUCAUAAUUACCCUCAUAAAGCUAUUUCAGAAUUCAAGAUCAAGGAGAAGCCGAGAUAG